GCCAAUAAAAUGCUUUUGUGUAACACAGUGUACGUUGCUGGAAAGCACCCUAAAUUUGUCGAGAUCGUUGAUACGGUUAUAAUUUAAAAUAAAUGGUAGAUAAAUGAUAGAAAGUAUUUCUUUCGAUUCUUGUAGUCGGUAUACCUUAAAUGACCUUAGACGCGGUAGAAUAAAUCACACAGAAGAAAGUUGCAUGUAAUAAAAAAACAAUUUAAUUUUUAUCACAAAAGUUUCUAUUACUAUCAACAAUGAGUCACAGAAGGGAAGAUAACAGAACAUCAUCAGACAGAUAUGAUCAAAAUUAUCGCAAUUGGGAAGGAAACAGAGACAGAAGAGACAGUCAGUUUCAGAGUCACUAUAACAGAUCUUCCAGUGAUAACUGGAAUAGUUCAAAUACUCAAACUUACAGUAACAGUUCACGUAAGAGGAGUACUGAUAAUAGUUCAAACAAUACAAAUGAACUUGUUAUAUACAUUGAUGCCAAUAAUGUCGGAAGACUUAUUGGAAGAGGUGGUAGCAAAAUUAAAGCUCUGCAAGAUGAGAGCAAUGCUAAGAUCAAUAUUGACAAACAAUCAAAUGAAAAUGGACAAACUGCUGUGACAUUGAUUGGUACAGACGAAGCACAGCAACGAGCUAAAAGUUUAAUAGAGGAAUUAUUAAUUGAUAGAAGUAUUUCACAUCAAGGUAUAGAAUCUAACCAGAAGAGAGAAACUAACUUUGGAGAAAAGAAAGAAGAAAUUGAUUGGAAUAAUUUUGAUUGGGUCAAGGCCAAUGAAGAAUAUGAAAACCAUCAAAAGGAAAGAUGGGCAACUUUGCCUCCUAUUAUAAAAAAUUUUUACAAGGAGGAUAUAUAUGUUACUCAUAUGCCAGAAACGAGAGUAGCCGAACUCAGGAAAAUCAACAAUGAUAUAGAAGUUAAAUUUGUUUUCGAGAAUGAAGAAGGCUCUGACAAGAUAAAAAUACCAAAUCUUAUUCAAACCUUUAAACAAGCUUUCCAAAACUAUCCAGAAAUUCUUAGAGAAAUACAAAAACAGGGAUUUGAAAAACCGAGUCCUAUACAAUGUCAGGCAUGGCCUAUUCUAUUGAGUGGUCAAGACCUCAUUGGGAUAGCACAAACUGGAACUGGAAAAACUCUUGCUUUUUUACUGCCUGCUUUAAUUCAUAUUGAUGGGCAAGUAACUCCACGUGAGGAGCGCCCUGGACCAAAUGUCCUUGUUAUGGCACCAACAAGAGAAUUGGCAUUGCAAAUUGAGAAAGAAGUAGGAAAAUAUUCUUAUCGCGGCAUUAAAGCAGUGUGCGUUUAUGGUGGUGGAAGUCGCAAGCAACAAAUCGAUAUUGUAACAAAGGGCGUGCAAAUAGUAAUUGCGACUCCCGGAAGAUUAAAUGACUUGGUGCAGGCAGGAGUGUUGAAUGUAACAGCUGUAACAUAUCUCAUACUUGAUGAAGCCGAUCGUAUGUUGGACAUGGGUUUUGAACCACAAAUUCGCAAAACCUUACUGGGUGUGCGGCCAGAUAGACAAACUGUUAUGACGAGCGCUACAUGGCCUCCAGGUGUAAGACGCUUAGCUCAAUCAUAUAUGAAAAAUCCCAUUCAAGUAUGCGUUGGAUCACUUGAUUUAGCAGCUGUUCACUCUGUAACACAGAAGAUUUGCUUGAUUAAUGAAGAUGAAAAGUUAGAUAUGAUGCACCAGUUCUUGCGUGAGAUGGGUUCUCAUGACAAGGUGAUAGUAUUUUUUGGUAAGAAGGCAAAGGUGGAUGAUAUUUCUAGUGAUCUAGCUUUAGCGAAUAUCGAUUGUCAAAGCAUUCACGGUGAUAGAGAGCAAGCGGAUAGGGAACAAGCAUUAGAAGAUCUGAAGACUGGUGCGGUUCAGAUUCUUCUUGCGACCGAUGUGGCUAGUCGAGGAAUCGAUAUUGAAGACAUUACAUAUGUACUGAAUUAUGACUUCCCAAAGGAUAUAGAGGAAUACGUUCACAGAGUUGGUCGUACCGGACGCGCGGGUCGAACAGGAGAAAGUAUCACUUUCAUGACAAGACAGGACUGGCAUCAUGCUAAGGAACUCAUCAGUAUUCUUGAAGAGGCUGAUCAAGAAGUACCUGAGGAAUUAUAUAAAAUGGCUGAAAGAUAUGAAGCAUGGAAGCAGAGGAAAGAUUCAGAACGAUCCGGUCUAAGAAAUAGUAGAGACGGCAAUAGAGGUAGACAAGGCUAUAAUCGUAGCCGAUGGUAAAAUCCGACCGAUUAAUGAUACGAAUGGCGCAAGAUUUAUUUUUGUUGUAAGUGUAAACUAUAUAUAUAUCAAACAAUGCAAAGGUUCUAUUUAUAUCAUAUGCAGGAUAAUUAGUACCUAAUACACAUUGUGAUAUAACAUUUUUAUUUCAUCCAUAUGUGAUUUCUCCAGAACAAUUACAGAUAAUAAUAAAAUGUUCCUUUUAUAUUUCUUAUUGUUAAUUGCCAAAGUUAAUUAUAAGAUUUUAUAGUAUUUAAAAUCUCUUCCAUAGUUUAUUUUAUACUGAAGAGUUAAAAUAUAUUUAGCAUGUUAUACAAUUGGAAUAAAAUUGCAAUCAUUUGCAUUUA